AUGACUUACAAAAGUGAUGAUAUCUCACCGGUUCCGGAGUCCAGUGAAUAUACAUGUGGUUUGGGUUCAUGGAGAGCGCAAUGGCUACAAAAGUUUGCCUCAACCAAAAUGUUCAUGUUCAUAUUCGGCACCCUUGGUAUCAUACAGGGGGCGGCAUUCACUUAUAUGAUCGCCAGCACAACCUCAUUAGAGCGGAGGUAUGCAUUUGGCAGUAAAGUUACCGGACUUAUACUGACCGCCGACAACGUGGUGGAGCUCACGAUGAGUCCAGUGUUUGGCUAUUUAGCUACCCGUGUGCACCGGCCCCGUAUGAUCGCCUAUUGCCAAGUAGUUGUGGCACUGGGAUGCUAUUUGGCAGCCCUACCAUACUUCAUAUAUGGCCCGGGAGUACACCUAUUGAACACUGAUGUCAAGGGUUUAGUGUUGAAUAAAAGUGUCGAGUAUUGCGAUUCAAACCGACUGGACGGUCAUGAUUGCGAUGGCCCUACCGGUGCCUCCAGUACCGUAGUGUUGGCUAUUGUGUUGCUAUGGUUGGGCAGCUUUUGCAACGGCAUAGGAUUUGUAGCCUUUUUUACGAUAGGAAUUCCGUUUAUCGACGACUCGGUCAAGAAGAAGAAUUCGCCCCUUUAUUUGAGUGCUACGGGUGCGGUCCAAUUCUGUGGCCCAACACUUGGUUUUAUGCUCUCAUCCUAUUGUCUGACAUAUUAUGAAAACCCAUUUCUUGAUCCGGAUAUCGAUCCGCGUGACCCUCGAUGGGUAGGUGCUUGGUGGAUUGGGUUUAUUGUAAUCGGCACCGGUAUACUCAUAUUCACAGUCCCAAUGUUUUUAUUUCCCCAAAGUUUUAAUAAAAGUGAUCAUAAAACCAGUGAUGCACUCAAUGGUAACUCCAUAGCGAAUGAAAGUCCUGCUAAAGUGUCUCAAGAAAAAAGUAUAUGGGAGCGUACUGUACUCCUGGUCAAAAAUCCCAUUUAUGUGUGCUUUGUAUUGGGAACGACUGCCCGACUGUUUGCAGUGCUCGGGUAUAUGACAUUCAAAUCCAAAUACAUUGAGUCCGAGUACAAAACAUCGGCCUCUACUGCCAACCUAUUUUCAGGUAUAAUAAGUGUCGUGCCCACAGCUGCCGGUGUAUUCCUGGGCGGGCUGUUUAUCCGUAAGUUCCUUCCCGGGCCUCGAGUACUGACAGCUUUCGUAACAAUUGUCGAAAUGAUUGGAGCGAUGGGUUUGUUGUCAGCUUUAUUCCUGAGUUGCCCGCAGUCCCAGUUCGCGGGAACUACACUCCAGUCACAAUUUGAGUUGCAAUCCCAGUGUAACUCCCAGUGCCAGUGUUCAACCAAAUUAUUUCAACCCAUCUGUGGUCCCGACAAUAUAACCAACUAUUUCUCGCCCUGUUUUGCUGGGUGUCAGUCACAGUCAAUCAAUUCUACAGAUAAUGUGAGAAUAAAUAUGACCAGUAUAAUUUUUAAAGUAUACUCAAACUGCGAUUGCUUUGAGGGAUCGGCGACCGAUGGCUAUUGUGACACCGAUUGUGGCAAUAAUUUUCACAUUUAUAUAACACUUUUAGGCAUAAGUGGCAUAAUCGGGUGUUUGGCUAAAACGGGAAACAGUAUCAUAUCGUUUCGAAUCGUUAGGAAAGAGGAUAAAACAUUCAUAUACCCACUGGUCUACGGAGCGUUAGCCGAUGCCUCGUGUUUGAUAUGGGAGUCCAGUUGUGGACACAGAGGCAACUGUUGGGCGUACGACACGCCAACAUUCCGGCGCCGACUGCACGGCCUAACACUCGGCCUCUACUUCAUCGGCAGUCUCUUCGAUAUAAUCGUCAUAUUCUUGUCCUCAAGAAUCAAGAAUUUAUACGACGAUGAGGUCGAUGGGGAGGAAUCGGACAGUAUGUCGGACAUGAAACUCAAUACAAUCGGUGGACAGACAUCUCAACAUAAUUGA